GUGAAAGUGAAACAGUGCCGAGUCUUUUCCAGAGAUCAAACAGGAGAAGGUGUUGGAGCUCUCGGGCAGGUGUGGACAGGCCUUAUUUUCCACUUUUAACAGCCCUUUUCAGAGGGUAAAGGACAAUGGAGAGCAGCACCAUUCCCAGAGGGAGCCCCUCGGCCAGCACAUGUGUGAGGGAUGGUGCCCCAGUCAGCUGAGGUGUGUGAGCUGGCCCAGACCUCUGUCCUGCAGAGCUGCUCACCUGCCCCUGCAUUUGCACUGGAUUUCCUGCAGCGUGCACCGGCUCUCAGUUUCUGUGGAUCACACCUGGGCUAUCCCAGCUUGCUGCAGAGGGGAUCACUUCAGUCACUACUGGGUGAUUGCCAUCAACCUAUUUGGUAAACCUCCUGUUGUAAGAUAAGAUAAACAGAAAUAUGGAAUUAGACACAAGGAGUGUGACCUCAGAACCAGCCUCUCCAAUGAACAGUCCAGAGAAGGAUAAGAUGGAAGUCUGUUCUGAACUGAGCAGCCCAGAUUCCCAGAGCAGGGACAGUGGGUUCUUUGAAAGAGGUAUUAAAACAGUGUUUAGCAUCCGGAAAUCAAUACGAAGUCUGAAAAAAGAGAGAGAGAAGGAAGACACUGGCACUUGGAAUGCAAAAAGACUUCUGCGAACACUCAGGAGCUACGAGGAGAACAAACCCACAAUCUGCAAUAGUGUGGAGAAGAUUGUUGAAAUAUGUGAGCCCAUUGAAGCAAAACCUCUUUCAGUAAUGGAAAUCAAUGAACUUAUUCAGAAAAGACAACUUUUGGAAGCAUUUGCAAGUAUCAAGUUAAUGGAAGAUGAGACUAUCUCUGGACGGGAUUCUGAGAAAUACAGUGAUAAUCCCCAGGAGUUUGUACGGAAAUCCAAGGAUGUGGAUUUGCUUUAUAACUCCAUCACAAAUGCAAUCCAGUCCAUAGUGGAGGAAACACUGGAGGAUCCCACUUUACAGCCUACCAUGCUGAUCUCCAUGGUGACUUUAAUUGCCCAUGAAGAAGCAGCUCAUCCCAACACAGACAAUGCUGCUCAUCCUGGGUCAGACUUGCUCGGCAGGCCCAGAAAGUGGAGGGAGAAAUGGAGGGAAGCUAUCAACGAGAGCGCAAGAAAAAGGGUUCUGAAGGCACCCAUGGCACCAAGGCAAGAAGGAACUUCUUGGCUCGAUUUCCACUUACACUUCCUCCAGGAACACCUGAGGGAAGAUUUACUGAAAAUCAAGUCAUCAGUUAAAAAAUGCUAUCCAGAGGAGUACCAGGUGUGUGACACAUAUGUGGAAGCUUUUCACAAUGCCAUUGCCUCGCAUUUGCAAGAACUCUCCCAGGGACCACUGGAUUUCCAGGAACUCUACACCUUGCUUGACUGGGUGGCCAACACCUACCACAGUGAACUCUUUCUGGGUCAUCCUGAGCUCAAACCAGAGGUUAAGACAGAAAACCUGUCCUUGCUGUUAACACCAGCUGAUUGGGAUAAACUGAAAAACGAUUACAUUGCUUCUGCAAAGGGGAAAAUCAAAAGUUAUUUUGGAAACAUCCUGAGACUAGAGGUUACAGAGAAGUGGGAGAAGGAAGUCCAUUCAGAAGAGAAGGAAAACCUCUACCACGAUUCACUCUCCUUUGAUAUUCAAACGAUCAUUGGGCAGCACGUGAAGUUAUCUGGAGCUAUCAGCAGAAGCCUGGAAACAAAAAUGCUUGAGUUGUGCAUGGCAGAGCUGCUUGAAUUCAUACCAAGGUUUGAGCAGGAGUUCGUGGCGUGGAGCACUGCCCAGGACAGCCCCAUCUUCGUGCCCUAUUUGGUUGCCUACAUCAACAGCUUCCAUGACCUGGUGUCAGGCUUAGAAACAGCAUUUAAAGUCAAUACUGAAGAACUGCAGAAGAUUUUGGCAGCUCUGACAAGGAACUUCACAAACAUUUUUUUAACAAAAUUAAGAACAAAAACACAGCCACUCCUUAAGAAAAUCCUGACCAAGAACUGGAUUUUGGCGACGGAAAAGCCGGACUCGCUGGCGUUGGCAGUCUCACAGUUCUCUGAGCACCUGCAGCACAUGAGGGAGCCCCUGGGGCAGGAGCUUCUACAUGAAGUUCAUAAAUAUGUGGUGAAGGAAUAUGUCACACAGGUCAUCAAACCCAGAUGGAAAAUGAACAGGGAGACACGUCAGCAAGUGAGCAGAAAAAUGAGCCUGGAAGCUGCAAUCAUUCACAAUACACUCAUUGAUCAGGGCUCUGACGCUGACUGGCUCCUCCCUGCCAUCAAUCACAUUGCCAGUAUCAUUGGGGAGAAGAAAAAAGACAAGAUCAAGGCAUAUGUCAAGGAGCUGUGCCAGGACUAUCCAGAUAUCAGGAAGGAGCACGUGCUGGCCAUCCUGGCGCUGCGGGGGCUGGGGCGCGCCCGGAGAGCGGCGAUCUUCCGGCAGGCGCGCCACGCACAGGAGCGCUCCGACAGACGGGAGGACAGCUCCGACAGACGGGAGGACAGCUCCGACAGACGGGAGGGCAGCUCCGACAGACGGGAGGGCAGCUCCGACAGACGGGAGGGCAGCUCCGACAGACGGGAGGACAGCUCCGACAGACGGGAGGACAGCUCCGACAGACGGGAGGGCAGCGCGCUCUUCGCUGAAAUUGAGGUUCCCGUGAUCAUCAGCUGCUUCUAGCACAGCGCCAAAGCCAGCAUCCUGCCUCCUCCUGCCCUGCCUCUACACAUGAUCCAAAAUCUGCUAACCCCCCUACUCCUCUGCAAACCCAAAUUUUUGACUGCUGUGGAGAAAGGAGUAGUUUCCUGAACUUGCUACCCCAAGUUCAGAACCCAAAGACAACAGAUGCACCAAGACACCAAUCUCCUGUAAGAGCUCCUGGACAGCAGCUCCAGCCUGGGCACAGUGUCCACCUCAUGUUCCACAUGGAUUCUACUGCUAGGAGGCUGCUCCACUCUUUGGUACAAGAUUGAAUGUAUUUUCAAAGAACAGGAGAAAACCAAAAGCAGUUCACUCACAGCUAUAUUAAGGCCUCAGUGCUAUAUUAAGGCUUGGACUGUGCUCUGCAUAAUUAUACAGCAGCAGAGCAAGAGCCUCCCUCAUAAUUAGUGCCCAUGAGAACUGAGGGGCAGAGCUUGGGUAGGGAUGUGGUAGCACCCAAGUUUUAUUUCCUCCCCCACAAACCAGCUGGCUGAGAUGGCAUGACACAAGGUCAUGACGUUGUGACCUGAGGCCACAAACCACUACCUGCCUGGGGAGAAAAACACUGGGUAACCAAACCCUAUGGCCAGGACACACAGUACAUGGAACACUCUUCCCUCCAGGAUGACCUCCAUGGCCCCUCUGGCAUUUCAACAGAUUUUUCUCAGUCGAGGGCUGCAUUGCAAAACUCCUGUUGGACUGAAGAUCUGUUCAAGCCAUCACAUCUCCACAUGUACAGACAUGCCUGGAUUGGAUAUGCCAUGUGGAGGGGAGGCUCCAAGUUCUCCUUGUCCUGAAAGUGCCACCCAAGAAAAUGCCUCUAGUCCAUUUUCUUGUGUGUUUAAAUACACUUUAACAAAUCUAUUACAAUCUGACUGCAGUAUGAAACCAAAUGUGAGGUGGACAGACAGUGCUACAUAUGAGAUCUUCAUCUGGUGUAAACCAGCUUCAUCCCAAUGAUGAGCAUGGAUCACUAUAGGUUUAACUCCACAAAGGAUCCAAAGCAUUACAUCCUGCAUCUGCAGGGGAGACUGAAAGAGACAUUCAGCAGCCUAAAGCUGAAUAAAUCUGAUUUUAUAUUAUUAAAUUUAUCAUUUAGGUUGCCUUCCACAUGAUUUAAUCUAAGACUUUACAAAGAUAUGUUUAUGAUCUAUUAAAAUGAUAAAUGUGGAUA